AUUCUUGUUAUGUGCCACCUUUGUAUUGGCUUUCCAAUAUGCCAAAGCCGACCCAGUUGGUGAAUGCCCAGAGGACAUGAACCCGGCAAAAGUUGAUUUCUUGGUAGAUGAUGGAGAUUGCACCGUCUUUUACAAAUGCGACUGGGGAAAACCAGUCAAAUUCGAUUGUCCAUCCGGUUUACACUUCAACAAAGAAUUGGAAGUCUGUGAUUGGCCAGAUAAAGCUGGAUGCAACGGUGAUGGUGGAGAUGACGGUGGAAGUAGCAGCAGCAGUAGCAGCAGUGAAAGCGAUGAAGGGGAUGACGAUGAAGAAGUAAUUGAGGGAGGUGAUGAUGAAGAAGUUGAGGGAGGAGAUGACAAUGUUGAAGAAGAUUCCGGUAGCUCCAGCUCUAGUUCUAGUUCCGAAAGUGACGAAAGUGGCGAUGGAAACGGUGAAGGCAAAUGCCCAAAUGAUCCAUGUCCAAAAGAAAAUGGUGAUUUCCCUCAUUACUUUGCCCACCCUGAAACCUGUGGUAGAUUUUGUCAAUGCGAUUGGGGAGUUGCCUAUGAUAUGCCAUGCCCAGAUGGACUUCAUUUCAACACUAAACUCAAUGUUUGUGAUUGGCCAGCAGAUGCAGGCUUUACAUUCUUGUUAUGUGCCACCUUUGUAUUGGCUUUCCAAUAUGCCAAAGCCGACCCAGUUGGUGAAUGCCCCGACGACAUGAACCCGGAUAAAGUUGAUUUCUUGGUAGAUGAUAAAGAUUGCACCGUCUUUUACAAAUGCGAUUGGGGAAAACCCGUCAAAUUCGAUUGCCCAUCUGAUUUACAUUUCAACAAAGAAUUGGAAGUCUGUGAUUGGCCCGAUAAAGCUGGAUGCAACGGUGAUGGUGGAGAUGACGGUGGAAGUAGCAGCAGCAGUAGCAGCAGUGAAAGCGAUGAAGGGGACGAUGAAGAAGUAGUUGAAGGAGGUGAUGAUGAAGAAGUUGAGGGAGGAGAUGGCAAUGUUGAAGAAGAUUCCUCUAGCUCCAGCUCUAGUUCUAGCUCCGAAAGUGACGAAAGUGGCGAUGGAAACGGUCAAGGCAAAUGCCCAAAUGAUCCAUGCCCAAAAGAAAAUGGUGAUUUCCCUCAUUACUUUGCCCACCCAGAAACCUGUGGUAGAUUCUGCCAAUGCGACUGGGGAGUUGCCUAUGAUAUGCCAUGCCCAGAUGGACUUCAUUUCAACACUGACCUUAAUGUUUGUGAUUGGCCAGCUGAUGCAGGAUUUACAUUCUUGUUAUGUGCCACCCUUGUAUUGGCUUUCCAAUAUGCCAAAGCCGACCCAGUUGGUGAAUGCCCUGACGACAUGAACCCGGAUAAAGUUGAUUUCUUGGUAGAUGAUAAAGAUUGCACCGUCUUUUACAAAUGCGACUGGGGAAAACCCGUCAAAUUCGAUUGCCCAUCUGAUUUACAUUUCAACAAAGAAUUGGAAGUCUGUGAUUGGCCCGAUAAAGCAGGAUGCAACGGUGAUGGUGGAGAUGACAGUGGAGAAGACAGUGGAAGCAGCAGUAGCAGCAGCAGCAGCGAAAGCAAUGAAGGAGACGAUGAUGAAGAAGUAGUUGAAGGAGGUGAUGAUGAAGAAGUUGAGGGAGGAGAUGACAAUGUUGAAGAAGAUUCUGGUAGCUCCAGCUCUAGUUCUAGCUCCGAAAGUAACGAAAGUAGCGAUGGAAACGGUCAAGGCAAAUGCCCAAAUGAUCCAUGCCCAAAAGAAAAUGGUGAUUUCCCUCAUUACUUUGCCCAUCCAGAAACCUGUGGUAGAUUCUGCCAAUGCGACUGGGGAGUUGCCUAUGAUAUGCCAUGCCCAGAUGGACUUCAUUUCAACACCAAACUUAAUGUUUGCGAUUGGCCAGCUGAUGCAGGAUCUACAUUCUUGUUAUGUGCCACCUUUGUAUUGGCUUUCCAAUAUGCCAAAGCCGACCCAGUUGGUGAAUGCCCCGACGACAUGAAUCCGGAUAAAGUUGAUUUCUUGGUAGAUGAUAAAGAUUGCACCGUCUUUUACAAAUGCGAUUGGGGAAAACCCGUCAAAUUCGAUUGCCCAUCUGAUUUACAUUUCAACAAAGAAUUGGAAGUCUGUGAUUGGCCAGAUAAAGCUGGAUGCAACGGUGAUGGUGGAGAUGACAGUGGAAAUGACAGUGGAAGCAGCAGCAGCAGUAGCAGCAGCGAAAGCAAUGAAGGGGACGAUGAUGAAGAAGUAGUUGAUGGAGGUGAUGAAGAAGUUGAGGGAGGAGAUGACAAUGUCGAAGAAGAUUCUAGCAGCUCUAGCUCUAGCUCCGAAAGUAACGAAAGUGGCGAUGGAAACGGUCAAGGCAGAUGCCCCAAUGAUCCAUGCCCAAAAGAAAAUGGUGAUUUCCCUCAUUACUUUGCCCACCCUGAAACUUGUGGUAGAUUCUGCCAAUGCGAUUGGGGAGUUGCCUAUGAUAUGCCAUGCCCAGAUGGACUUCAUUUCAACACCGAACUCAAUGUUUGUGAUUGGCCAGCUGAUGCAGGAUGUGAAUAA